CUUCUUCAUCUCCACAUCAACGCUUUCUUUUCAUCUCAGUUUUACUCCGAUUCCGCACUCUCAAGCUCUUUACUCUCAGUCAAGAAUGUCUUCCCCUACCUCUUCGACUCAGACAAGAAAGUCUCUCAAGUCCCGCCUCCGGGAGGGAGAAAACCUCUACGGCCUCUUUCUCCUCUCCCUCUCGCCUGAAAUCGCCGAGAUCGCCGCUCUUUCCGGUUACGACUUCAUCAUCGUGGAUCUGGAGCAUGGCGCAGGCGGGAUCCGCGAGGCCGUGAACUGCAUUCGCGCCAUCGAAGGCGCGGGAUGCUCGGCCGUCGUCCGCGUCCCCGACGUCACUCAGGCUUGGGCCAAAAAGGCCCUGGAUCUCGGAACCGCUGGAAUCAUGUUCCCCAUGGUGGAGAACGGACGAUCUGCCUCCGAUGCGGUGUCGUUUUGCCGGUACCGUCCCGACGGUGUUCGAGGAUGCGCGUACUCGGUCGUGAGGGACUCAAAGUUCGGGUUUGACGAGGCGUAUCUGGCGAACUACGUAGACAAUCUACUUGUCAUGUGUCAGAUAGAAUCUGAGGAAGGUGUGAAGAAUGUAAACGAGAUCGUGGCGGUUGAUGGGAUGGAUUGUGUGAUGAUGGGCCCACGGGACCUGAGCGCGAGUCUGGGGCUUCUUCACGACCCGGGUAACCCCAAGGUGAAGGCCGCCAUGAUUGCGGCUGAGACGGCAGUGCUGGCUUCUGAUCCGGCGAAAGGAGGUGCUUACUUGGCCGGGAUGGCUACGGCUCAGGACACGGCAAAGGAUCUCUGGUCGCGUGGGUACCACGUCGUCCUCGGAUCAGCGGACGUCUCGUUGUUCAAGAAGGCCGCCGUCGAUGACGUCAAGGCUAAUAAGAAGAAGGUCGUGGUUAAAGGGGUUUAGGCCCGGCAUGAAAUAGAGUUGUAGACUUAUUAGUUAAUUUCAAUGGUAUUGCUAAGAAGUAUGAACCAUUGCGUGAUGUUGUUUAAUCACUUAUCUCGUUUGCUUUCAAAGACUUCCAUCUAAAAAAUGAUUUAUGAGAAAAAGUAAUUCGAUAGUCUGUUGCUACUAA